AUGUUCAGCAACUUGUAUAAACGCAAUGUGUGGCAUGCCGUCAAUUCGAUAACGUCCAUGGUAUCGGUCUCAACACCCGCUCGUGCAGUCGCAGCUCCAAUGACCACCGUGCGUUAUGCUUCCAACUUUUCACCUCGACGCACAAAGUAUCGCAAGUCGCAAAAGGGCAAGAUCCCUCUUCCCACUGGUGGAUCCACCAAAGGCACCACCGUUGAAUUCGGCGAUUACGGCCUGCGUAUUAAGGAAGGUGCACGAUUGACCGGACGACAAUUGACUUCGGUAUUCACCACUCUUCGACGUAAGCUCAAGACUGUCAAAGGAUCUCAGAUGUGGAUGCGUGUAUUCCCUGAUAUCCCCGUGACCACCAAGGGCAAUGAAGUUCGUAUGGGCAAGGGUAAAGGCAGCUUUGAAUAUUGGGCUUGUCGUGUUCCUCUCAACCGCAUCAUUUUCGAGGUCUCUGGUAUGCGCAAAGAAAUUGCAAAGGAAGCCUUCCGCCUUGCUAGUUACAAGUUGCCUGUCAAGACUGAAAUGGUCGAACGAGGUGCUAAACCCAUCGUUGGUGCUGGUUACAUUGCUCCCACAUCAAAGAAACAACCAUCCAAGUCAGAGGCCGCCACCACCACCACCAAAACUGAUGCUUAA